AUGCAUAUCUAUCUAUCUCCUAGAUAUUCUCUCUCUCUCUGCAUAUCUAUCAUAAUGUCCUUACAUCUAUCUAUCUAUCUAUCUAUCUAUCUAUCUAGUGUCCUUACAUCUAUCUAUCUAUCUAGUGUCCUUACAUCUAUCUAUCUAUCUAGUCUCGAUAGAGAAGACAUAUCUAUCAUUGCCAUCCAAGAAAAUAAGCGUUAUUCGCGGACGAGUUCCUCGAAACCUCAAAAAGAAAAAAUCAUCCACCUUUCCAUUCCUUUUUUCCUAUUUGCAUCUUCUUUCUUACUAAUCCCAUCGCUUUUUGUUCUCAUUUUUCUUAAUUUUUCGACUUCUCAUUUCAUUCAUUUCUUCUUUCAUAAUUUCUUGUUUCUUAUAACAAAUUUGUCUUUUUUCUUCAUCUUUAUUGCUUGUUUUAACGAAGAAUAUUUCUUAUCUUUCUUUAUUAUUUUUAAAAUCUUUUUUUUCCUAUCUUUUUCUUUCUCCAAUUUUUUAUUUUUCUUUUCUUUUAUGGUGACAUUUCUUUUAUUUCUUAUCCUUUUUUUAUCUUUUUUAAUUUUCUUUUUCUUCUUCUUAUAUUUUUUCUCUCUUUUUUAUUUUUUUCUUUCUUUCUUCUUAUCCUUUCUUUCUCUCUUCUUAUCCUUUCUUUCUCUCUUCUUAUCCUUUCUUUCUCUCUUCUUAUCCUUUCUUUCUCUCUUCUUAUCCUUUCUUUCUCUCUUCUUAUCCUUUCUUUCUCUCUUCUUAUCCUUUCUUUCUCUCUUCUUAUCCUUUCUUUCUCUCUUCUUAUCAUUUAUUUCUCUCUUCUUAUCCUUUUUCUUUAUCUCUUCCUUUCUUUCUCUCUUCUUAUCCUUUCUUUUAAAUUCUUAUCCUUUUUUUUCUCUUUUAUCCUUUUUUUUUCUCUUCUUAUCCUUUUCUUUCAGGGGGCUCUUCUUAAAAAAAAAAAAUAUAUAUUUCCAUUGCUUUGAAAUCUUUUCAGUUUCAUCCUGCCUUUCAUUCCUUUUCAAUUUUUUUUGCCUCCUUUCUUUGUCUUUCCUCUUUCCUUUCUUUCUCUCUUCCUUCUUUUCUUUCUCUCUUCCUUCUUUUCUUUCUCUCUUCCUUCUUUUCUUUCAGUCUUACGACCUUUCUUUCUGCCAAGCCUCCUUUCUUUCUAUCAAGCCUCCUUUCUUGCUGUCUUCUUUCCUACAUUUAUUUCUAUCUUCCGUCUUUUCUUUCAAACUAUCCUCUUUUCUUUCAAACUAUCCUCUUUUCUUUCUGAAACCAAGUAGUGUCUUUACCCCGUUUCCCACCGAUCGAAACAGAAGAGUCCAGUAUUUAUGA